AGCCCUUCCUCCUCUCCGAGAUUAUUUCUGGUUCGCUCUUCUAUUCCACAGGCGGAGAGAAGAGGCCACGGUUUGAGGCCCGGCCAUCGGCGGCGACAUGUUCCCCAAAGAAUGGGCUCCGCCCUGCGGCAGCUGCUGCACCAAGAAGUACGCCAAUCUCGUCCAGAUCCCAUGGAGAAUCUUCUGCAAGAAGGGAUGCGAUGCCGAUGGGGAAACCUGGGAAGAAUGUCAGGAAGAGUGCAAUGAGAUAUGUUUUAAGGACCCAGUUUUGAAGGAUCAUGAGUGGAGUUAUUACAUUGACAGAUCUCCAGGACAUGACAAUUACUCUUUGGAAUGCUUCCGUGCCUGUAUUUCUGGCUGUGGUUUCAGAUUUGAUAUUCCGAAAGAGAGAGUAGAAGAAGUUCGACCAAAGAGGCCACCUAAGCCAACUGCGGUCGAACCUAAACCUGUGUUACCACAUGUCGAGCCUAAUGCAGCUCCUGACGAUUUACCUUCCACAUCAGCAUAAAAUUCACAGUAUACAAAUAUCAUACACCAACCAAUGGAGGCUUCAAAUAUUGGUGCAAUACAGUCUGUGACCAAUUUCUAUCUUACAUCCUCAUAAUGGAUUUUUUUCUAUUUGUCACUUUCACGCUAAUCAGAGCUCCUACAACAUGAAAAAAGAUGGAUGAUGGGAUUCUAGACAUCAGCUGACAAGGGUUGAGCUCUGUGAACUAUAUUAUUGAGGGCAUACUGGGACAUUUGUUUUCUUGACUGCCUUUCAGUCUACUUGUAUCAUGGAGUUAAAAAGGUGGACUUGUACGAGCUAGUUGCUAA